AUGGCGCUUCUGCUGCGUGUUCUGGGCGGCAGGGCUCUCCAGAAAGCAGCAGGCCCUGGUUCGCCGUGGGCAGCGCCGCUGGCGCCGGCACCGCGUGCCGCAGGCUCCAGCGCCGCAGAGGAGCCCCCGGCGCGGCGCUCGGCCGCACCUGCACGUUGGCAGACACCUUCACCUGCGGGUGGGAGGGAAGAAGGGAGGGAGCGAGGGAGGGAGGAGAGGAGGGCGGCCGCCUCCGACACCUCCCUGCCCAGGGGCCUGGCCGUGCUGACCACCUUCCCUGAUGUCCUCUUCAUCCCCGAAAUCAUCUUCGGUGGCCUCGUCUGGAUCCUGGUGGCCUCCAGCAAGGUCGUGCUGACCGUGGCACAAGGCUGGAUCAUGUUUGUCUCAGUGCUCUGCUUCGUCAUGUCCAUCGCCCUCCUGUGCCUCUACCUGUGCGGGGCGCACGGCGGCAGCCGCUUCUGGGUCGCCUUGGACGCCUUCUGCCACGGGAUGGCCGCUCUCUUCUACCUCAGCGCCGCUGUGCUCGAAGCCUACGUCACCUACCUCUUACGGUCCUCCAGCAAUACACAGCUCAUCUACCAGGAGAACAUCGCUGCGGUGGUAUUUGCAUUCCUGGCUACGCUGAUGUAUGUGAUCCAUCAGGUGUACUCGCUGCUGCGGUGGAAGUCAUCCUGA